UAUUCGUGAACUCAAGUGCCCCCCAAUUCUCCGAUGCGAGCUGCAACUGUUUUUACAGCUGACACACUUCCCUUUUCGAUCAGGUCAGUCACUCACAACUGCUUUCUGUAGCUUUCCGCUGCGCCGAAACCUAAAAUACGUCGCUAACCACUGCGGAAACAACAGCCACAACACCCGGGCGCACAACAACAACAACAACAAAGAGCGCCCAAAGCCUGCGCAACGCAUCCACGCCCUCCAUCUCACUCUUUCGCUUCUUCUCUACCCCCCCUCCCACAAAAAAAAAAAAAAAAAGAGUUUGAAGGCGCGCAGCCGGUGCGUAAAGUGUUUGUUUUGGGUGGACGGCACCAUGUCAGGCGCAGAGGGGGUCUCCUGCACGAGCCCGUAAAACUUUAUUAAUAAAGAAAUUGGCUUCAGGGGGGAGAGAUGAGUGCGUUCAUUCUCCCACCCUCUCAUCUCCAAAACGGUAGGCUCCAGUGGAGAGGAGGGAGGAGGAGGAGGAGGUGGUGAAGGAGGCGAGAGGGGGGUGUUGAACAGUCCUACAACCAUCUUCUCUGUCCCGUUUAUCCGCCAUACAGGCCAGCUCGCUACUACUGCAAACUAACUUCCUGCAUGUGGCCGCGGAGGUGAGACGGGAUUUUUUUUCUAGCUGAGCGGUCGCUGCUGUCCGUCCACGCGGGUCCCACUCACGUCUGUGGAUGGUGCGUAAUCGUAUCAUCUGGAGAGGCCGAGGCCGACAUUUUACCCCGGUCCGGAGGAGCCUUAACUCCGAGGGGACAUCCGAGGACACGCGAUAAGGCUGGGAGGCUGAGCGCUGCAGGGCUGCGACAUGUGAAAGGAGCUCCGCCCCUUUGACCCUCUCAACUCUCAACCUUCGCUUGAUUCACUUGAACCGACGUUGUGACCGCGACCUGACACCCUCCUGCCUCGGGCAUGCCUCAGCCGGGUAUGAAUGGGAUGGAGCCUGCGUUUGGCGAGGCCUACGGGGGGCACAGGGGUCUGCUGAGCCCCUACCCUCUGGCCAUGUCGCCACAGGGGGGCAGGACGGAGUACGACCAGAGUGUGCUCCUCAUGCUGGGCUCCCCGGCAUCGCCAAGGAAACGGCCCUUUGAGUUGCUAAGCGACCUGGUGGACGACGGUGGCUUCGGCGAGGACCUGCACCCAGAGCGCUGGGACGUGUCUGCGCUGGACGAGAUGGCUCGCUACACCAAGCUGGGCCUCGGGGUGGGAGGGGAGCUGCUGGCGUGCUCCGAGGAGGCCGUGCUGAUGGGCCGCUGGGGGAGGAGCCGCGAGGAGCAGGAGGAGGAAGAGGAGGAGGAGAGGAGGAGGAGGAGCAGACACACAGCAGCACCUCCCUUCAUCCAGGAAGUCACUGCCGCAGGGAGGGAGGAGGGGCGCACUUCUGUUACCACGACAACAGAGAAGGAGUUAUUUGUUGCAGGAAGAGCGCCCGGAGGAGGACAGGAUGGGAGGGAGCACACAGUGGAGGUUUAUCAGGUGGCACAAGAGGAAGAGGAGGUGGUGGCGGCGGUGGCGGCAGGUUUGGCUCUGGAGCACUGCAGCGAGGAGCACAACUACUCCUUGAGCCAGGGAGAGGAGCAGACAGAGGGGGAGACACAGCAGGAGGUGCAGGGGAGAGAGGAGGCCAAAACCGAGCUAGAUCUGGAAGAAGAGGAGCAGGAGGAAGAGGACGAGGAGGAGGAGGACGAGGAAGAAGAGGAUGAGGACGAAGGAGAGGAGGGAGCGGAGGAGACGGCGGUGGAGGCCGAGCUCUCCAGCUCCUCGGAAACUGAAUGUGAGGUGGAGGCCGAGCCGGUGAGGCAGCCGGGCGAGCGUCCGUCGAAGCGCCGCUGUUUCUGGGAGUACCGACGCGCUCGAGAGUCGGCCACAAAGAAGAAACUGGGCGGAGACGUCCGCUGGUCUCUGUCGUGGAGCUCCAGCACUCUACCCAGCACACUGUACCGCCGAGAAGGCAAAAAAGGACGCCGCAAAGCUCGCAAGACAGACGCCAGCGACCUGACACCAAACCCCCAGAAGCUGCACAACAUCGGGGAGCAGCUGCAGAAGCUCAACGCCGCCAUCGACGGCAUGGGUCCGGUCAACGACCUGCCCGCCGUGGCCCGAGCCCGGUCCCGUAAGGAGAAGAACAAGUUGGCCUCCAGGAACCCCGCAGGAAGCGUUUGAUCUCAGCUCUUCCCACAGCGAACCAAACUGAGGAUGACCUUUAAUAAAUUCGGAGAAAACUGCCGCCACGAACACGCGCAUCCCCGAGGAUGAUAAACACAACACAAAUGAUUUAAAAAUGUAGGCCAUGAGUGUAUUUUUGGGGUUGAUUGGCCCUUUUUUUUAAUGAGUUUUCGUGGUCAUGGAACAAAUGAGGGAGAGAUGGAGGGAAGUGGAGAAAAACAACAGAGGAGAUGGGAUGGAGGGAGGCAGGAUGAGAGGAUGAAUCGGAGGAAAUCAGGGCAGGAUUGAGGAGGCAGACGAGGAGGAGGGUCACCGCGAGUUCAACUCUCUGAGGGAGGAGGGGAGAAUUUGGAGGAAAGGACAUUAUUACAGUGAGUUUAAAGAGGAGAGGGACUCUGGGAGUAUCUUAUUAUUCCAAACAUAUUAAAAACGACACAAACACAUCAUCGGUGGAAAGUUGGAGGAAAAGCAAAAGAAAAAGAGACGGUGAGCGUGAAGUGUUCACUUAGAGUCACCGUCUUCUUCCCUCGCACGGCGAUGUGCCUGAGUUCACGUUUUAAUUUUAUAUGCAGGAAUCUCAUCUGUGGAGAUUCACAUCUUUUUGUGCUGUCAUUCUUUGUGGCCGCCUGAGAACAGGUCAGAGUUAGCCGUGGGAUUAUCCGGAACGACUCCAGUCUCUUCUUUUCUUUCUUUGUCAGAAACAAACCUGCCCGGGGCGUUCAGGCGGCGUGGGGAGAAAAAAACACUCGCCCAGUUUUUAGCUGUGGUGUCUGCAGCUUGGCCGGACGCUCCAGUAAACUCGGUUAGCGGUGGAGAGAUCGUGUCCUGGUCACUGAUUUACAGGAAUAAUCCGUCAUUUUGGAAAAUAUGAUCGUUUACUUUCUUACUGGGAAUUACGUGAUAAGACUUAGUUUAAUCUGUGUGUUCGGUAUAAAGACUGAAAGCUGGUGGGAACUGAUAAAUAAAAAGCUUCAUAAAACAGCUAAAAGCUACUGUAUACACAGAAUACAUGAGCCUUUUCUUUCACUACAAUCUGCAAAUGAACGACAAAUGUCUCAAUGCAGAUUCUUCUGUUUGGUCCCUCUGUGGAGGAAUAAGUUACAGAAUAGAUUUGGGGUUUUUUCUGUCUCCAAAAGUUGCCUGAAAAUGUACAUUUUCUGAGACUUCUUACUGAGCUGAUAUGAUCGCUCUAUAUGUCCAUAACAUCUGCAGCUCUUCUAAAAAAGGAAAAAAAAAAGAAACAUUUAAUGCACCUGCAGACCAAGCGCACUUAUGUUGCACAAUCUUACAAAAUCUUUACUUCAAGCCUGUUUUACCAAAAAAGGUGAUAAUUAAAAGUACAUAGAGUACA